GUCUGCACUGAACUUUGAGGUACUAUAGGGGAAUAGCCCCGUCCGUCGCCGGCAGCUUCGCGGAUAAACAUGCAAGCGCUUCCCUUUCGGAUAAGCAUGGCACUACAAAAAAAAAAGCGAGAUUAAUUGUAUUGUAUUGUAUCAUGUGACUAUGACACGGGGAAGUUGGGUUGACAUCCGGAGAGCGCAACUGACAUUAAUUCUUCAGUGAUUCGUGCAAUCUAACCAUCUAUCGGAAUAGAUGUCGUCCAUACCGUAGCCAAUUCAUCGCGGCAGAGUUGCUGGCUGCACUUGGAUCACUACGAUUUGUCGCAAGCUGUCCUACGAGGUGCGUCACUCGAGUAUGUGGGUCACCAGACUAGCGGCGGACUUUGCAAGGCUGCUGUCGUGUCGCGAGGCUCUGUCUGUAGGCUAUCUGUACGGAGGCCUGCUUUAAGGACUGAGAAGUAGGUCCGAUGACGGUGCCCGCAAUGGGUCCAACUGCAGAGGUGGAGAUGGGAACGUACGAGACAUCCCCAUUUCCUCGCACUGACCUAGCUUGUGCGGACUCAAACGGAGUUAGCCCGAGAAAACUUGUUCCUGGCGGAAUCCGGUCACCACCGAUUUCGGGCUCGCAGAGUGGACAAGGAGCGAUGGAUCCAGAGAACGAAACUCAAACGACCAGGGCAAGCAGUAACGACGGCAGUGUCGGAGCUCCAUCGGUCGGCAAUUCCGCGUCAGGAAGACCUCCACCAACGGCUGUUGCGGGACCUCCUAGCACGAUAGUUGGAGCGGGCGGGAUCAACAUGUAUGACGAUUUCGAAGACGAAGGCGCUCAAGGAAAUGGAAUGGCAAGUGCGGCGUCAAUAGAGGCGCACCUGCAGAGGUUUCGGGAAAUAAACACGGUUUACGCCCAAGACAAAUUCGAGUAUCUUGGGUCAGUGGAUCCCGAUGUACAGGAGGUGCCACCAGGAGCACUUCCCAUUAGCAUGAUGGAGUUCGAAGGUUUUACAUUUAAUUCAGUUGGCGUCAAUCUACCUUGAAAAUUCCAUAUAUGGUAUAAUAUCGUUGACACUUCUUGAAGCACGAGAAGAAGUGACACCGUCGGUGAAUAAAAUGCCUUUUCAGUAGUUCAUUACUUAGAAAGUUGUGAAUUUUCGUUUCUCUGUCACAAUCUCAGACGUUCUGCUCGAUGAAGACAAUUUGUUUUAUCUGCCGACGGCAAGCGCUAUUCCAUACCGGUAUGAUGCGGGAAUAGACGGCUUUUUUUCGCGACAUAUUACGGGUCGAUUAGGCAGAUUGACGCACAUACUGGAUAAGACCAACUUGUACAUUAAGUCACGAUGGGUAUUUCUCGCCUUUUUGCUGUUGCUGUUCGCAUAUAGGAUUCACACUGCGCGAGGCUUCUACCUAGUGGCGUACGCAUGCAGCAUCUAUCUUACGAGCAACGGUCCAAUUCCAUGCAGUGUGGUGGACACAAGUUGUGCGUCACAAUUUGUGCGCCACCCUGCGAUGAGUAGGAGAUGGAAUUGAGUGGUCAGCUAGCUUUAAGCAGAUGUUGAAUUUGGUGCUGAAUUUCCUCACACCGGUGGUAGAUCCAGAACUAGAAUCAACCAGAUCGCGACCGGGCGACGACUUCAAGCCCUUUGGUAUCUGCAUUAUAGAAGGGAAUUGAGAUUGACUAGCACGAGAAGUCGGCUGGCUUUGGCAUUUCUAUCUAGGCUUAGGCUUUUCUGAUAUUGCUUGGAAAUGAAAAUCUCCUCAAGGGGCCAUUUUUUAGAAUGCAGUCCCUCUUCAUUUCAUAGCAACUGAUAGACAAUGUUCUCCAGCACGUUUCCUUGUUAAAAAUGAAACCACAUCACAGUGCGGCAGCUGCCGGAGUUCAAAUUCUGGCUAGAUUCGGUGAAAGCGCUAAGUCUGAGCACGUGUAUGACGCUGUUUCGGUGUUUCGACAUGCCAGUCUUUUGGCCUGUGCUGGUCAUAUAUUUCCUCCUCCUCACGUUCUUCACUCUCAAAGAACGGAUAAAACAUAUGAUCAGGUAUUUUUACUUGCUGUCGAUGUGCAGGUUUAUGUAGUGUGAAGCCUUCCUGGACGAACUGCCUGGCGUUGUUUUCUCAAACAUUCAAUGGAUUGCCAUCAUGAGCACGCUUCCAAUGAGACACUGUCAAUGUUAGUUAUCGAACUCGGAUGGAGGUCUAGUUAGAUUAUUAUGUUCGUCAUCAUCUUCUGAAUCAGGCACCGCUAUCUGCCAUUUUCGUACGGGAAGAAGACUUACCAACGUGCUCCGACAGUAGAGCCAUUAGCAGAAGCCAAGGGCGCAGCUACGGCCAAAUUGGAAGUAUGAAGUGUUAGCCUCAAUGGCCAAGUUGACAAGUGCUCCAUUGAAUCCUUGAACGCUUCAUAGAAUACUUUGACUCUCUACUGAAUACUUUUGCGUGUGAUUGAAUACUUUUGCGUGUGAUUGGGUGCGUUCACCUUGUCGUAAAGGUCGCCCACGGGAUCGGACUUAUUGAAUGUCGAUAUGCCUUCGAUAGGGAAUUUCUAUAUUAGCAAAAAUUGUCAUUUACAAAUGCUGGGGCCACACGAGUAAACUGAAUGUUCACAUUGUCAUGUCGAUUUGUUAUCGAUAAAGUUCUGUAUGUCACAAGAUCAUGGAUUGCGACACCAGCAGAGGGGGAUAACGCCUACAGAAGGAAGAAUACCGCUCCAAGUCCAAGCUUCGCUUGGAUGCUCCAACUGCAAAAGCUAGCG